ACGUAAUUGCCAUAUUCACACAUUCGACACAAAUGUAUAUGAACUCUGCGAGAUAUUUUGCCUGAAAAUUAAAAAAAAACUAUCGCGUGUGGGAAGCGCCACAAAUUUGCAGUCUGAGAACUGUAUGCGCAGGUAAGUGGAGCCUAUGAUCAGCAUGAAGGCUUUAUCUCGCAGGUUCCUAUGGCAACUGAUCAAACGUGUAUUGACUUGAGCUGUGCGCGCGUUCUGUGAUUGUGAACGGCGGACCGCAGUAGCGCGCGGAUCAGCGGGAAUGCGCACUGAACUGCGCAUCUGUCCGAGAAGGAAGCCUUCAUAACAGUGUGGAUUCACGAUUUAAUCUGCCAUUAACAUCUAAGGAGCAUUUUCCCUCUGAAGGUGCCAAUUUUGAGGGAGGCAGGUGGUUUUUUAAGCAGUCACAGGAAGUUGACCAUCAACAUCUUCUCAUGAUGCAUAUGAACAGCUUAUUGAACAGAUGGAAUGAGAUCUCUAAGAUGUGUGAGGUAGAUGAGACUCCGGAACCUGUCAGUCCCACGCUGCUCAGCGAAUCCACAGACACCUACUGCCAGACCGACUGCUGGCACCCACUCCGCACCACCGUUCGCAAGCUGGAAUUCUGGGAUGACUUCAGCGCAGAGCUUAUCGGAACUGGCUUCUUCUCUAAGGUCUACAAGGUGAUGCACAGCACUACAAAAAAGGUGAUGGUGGUGAAGAUCUAUAAGAAUGACGUGGAUCAGAACAGCAUUGUGAGGGAGAUCAGUUUACUUCAGAAACUCUCCCACCCGAACAUUGUGAGGUACAUGGGGAUCUGUGUCAAGGAGAACAAGCUGUACCCAAUUCUUGAGUAUGUUAGCGGAGGCUGUCUGGAGGAGCUGCUGGCCAGGGAUGACGUCAGCCUCUGCUGGAGGGAGAAGAUCGAACUGGGCUGUGAUAUCAGCCGAGGAAUGACCUAUCUCCAUUACAAGAACAUCUACCACAGAGACCUCAACUCUAAGAACUGUCUCAUCCGUGUGACCUCGCGUGGCAGGGAGGCCGUAGUCACUGACUUCGGGCUGGCCAGAGAGGUGGGGGAGCUUCCCGCAAAUGACCCAGACAGGAAGUUGUCUCUGGUGGGGUCGGCCUUCUGGAUGGCCCCUGAAAUGCUUAGAGGAGAGCCGUAUGAUCGCAAGGUUGAUGUCUUUUCUUUCGGGAUCAUGUUGUGCGAGAUCUUAGCAAGAAUCCCAGCCGACCCAGAGGUGCUGCCCAGGACGCAGGACUAUGGGCUAGAUGUGGACUCGUUCAGAGAGCUGGUGCACGGCUGCCCAGAGCGGGUUCUGGAGCUGUCGGCCAGCUGUUGCCAGAUGGAUGCAUUCCGAAGACCUUCCUUCUCUGAGCUGCUAGAUGAGCUGGAGGACAUCGCCGAGACCCUAGAGCCACCAGACAACAACCUAACCACAGGGUGAUUUUCACAAAUCCCUCCUAACAAACCCCUGGACUGAAGGAUUUAAGGGACUUUACUGCAUAAGAGUCUGCAGCGGUGGACCGUGACUGGCACUCUGUUCUCCCAAGAGUAGGACAUACAGGGGAAUGUCUGGUAAUUGAGGACAAAACCACUCAACUGAAUGUUCACUCAAUAACCAGUUCUGGACGCCCUGCCUGCAGAGUGACACUGAACGAUUGCGAGAGGCUGAAUUUUGCCUUUUAUGUUUUUUAUUUCAAAUAGAUGAAAGUAAGAUGAUUCUUUAGGGACCAACUUUUUUUUUUUUAAAGACCAAAUUCACCAUGGACAACCCCUUGAUUCCUUGAUUGAAGGUUUCAGGAAAAUAUAAAAUGAGCUUACUUUUUUAUAAAGUUCAAAAUAAGUAUAUAGCAAAGGUUGCACAAACCUGGAACAAACCAAAUUAGAGAAAUUAAGGUGUGCUAGAUUUAAUUUCACCUUUUGCCUUGUUUAAAAAAAAAAAAAGCAUAUCCCAUCAGUACAUUUACAGUACCAAGUAAUCGCUUAGUUGAUAUCACCUGUUUUUUACCUUGUUGCACUUUCCAUGUCACUCAUUUUCCCAGUGUUAGCAACUGUCAGAUUCAUGGAGCUCUAAAAUGUCCAAUUAAACUCAAAAUUGUGGUCGUAGAACAUAAAUACAGUGUAUUUCUGAAUAAAAAUUCAGUUCAUUUAGGCGUAAGAGUUGAACAAUCAUACUAAAAACAACAGUACCAGAGCUGUUUUGUUAAUGUACUUUAGUAAGGGCUGUGGAUCACUGUUUUCUCAGGUCACAUGGGGGCUUUAAAUAUGUGAAUAUUCUCAUAUUAGUGGUGUCUUGUACUUUAUCUUUGUAGAUAUGUUUGUAUAGCCCUUUAACUAGGUUAAAAUAGUGUUUCUAAACCAGAAUCUAUUUUGUUUACUGAAUCUAAUUGGGCUGUUUGUAUUAUUCCUGACUAUAUUUGUGUAUAUGGUGUUUGGUUACAUUUCUAGUUUAUUAGUUACACCAAUAAAAGUAUAUUGAUUAGUUUUUAA